AUGCGUUGUGGUCGACGUUGGCAAAGCACCCAUGCUUGGGCUAAUUUCGGCCAGGAAUGUGAACAUUGUACAAGUCAAGUUAAACCUCAUAAUUUACAAAAACUAUAUGUUUACAUUUGUAAUUGGUGUGACAGGAGAUGGUCUGAUCGAUAUAGUUCAAAUGGUUUAAAAUGUCACAAUUGUGGCGGAAGUGACCGUGUGCUACCAUUGAAUUACGAUGAUAAUCGAGAAUAUAUCCAUGCACAUAGAUUACGACAUUUAAAUGAUGGGGAUUGGGAAAAUUAUAUUGAUAGGAGUAAGCCACAUCGAGAAGAUUUAUGUGAAAAAUGCCGAAUGUUACAAGCACCUUGUUGGGUUUCACGGCAUCGUAUUAGACAGAAUAAUCUAACCGACAGACGCUCGAUAGCCGUGCCAUGGCCUCCUGCGCCCAACACAAGUUUUGUACAAGAUGAUUCAUCCAGAUCAGCACCUGAACAUGAUCAAAAUGUAUCCGUAGGAGAAUCAGUGUGUAUAUUUAUCGUCGUUGUUUUAGCGGCCAUUUUAUUACUGGCAACAACAGCGGUGAAAGUCCCGAAGUAG